AUGUUUCGCAUGACUCGGCUGCGCAUGGCCAUUACUGCAGCUGAUAUUGAGGCGAAACUAAGAAACAGCGAGAAACUCAAACCCGUGCAUGGCGUAAAAGUAGUGGACGUGAGCGGUGGUUGCGGGAGUUUCUUCAACAUCACGGUAACAUCUGCAGCAUUCCGUGACCGGUCGUUGGUGCAGCAACAUCGUCUGGUAAAUGAAGUGCUGAAGGGAGAAAUUCCCCUGAUUCAUGGUUUUUCACUCACGACUAAGGUGGAAUGA